UUACAAGAUAGCCUAUAUUAAAUACGCAUUCAAUUGAUUUUGAUAUGAUGCAGUAUUCAAUUGUCUGGACAUAACAAAACAGGGGAAGAAAAUGUUUGAAAAUAUAUUUAGAAUAUCUGACAAAAUUUUAAGCAUUUUUUUGUUUGAUACAACGUCUUUAGGAUGUGCAGACAGGGUGGUACUAUCGGCUGCAUUUCUCACAGUUUUUACAUUAAUUCUUAUUACAAGUUCAUACCUCGUUGUAGAUUUAAUUGUAUCGCGAAAAGUGGUGGGUCAAUUAAAUAAAAAAAGUGUUUUUGUCACUGGAUGUGACUCAGGUUUCGGAAACUUGCUCGCGAAAAGUCUAGUCAAACGAGGGGUGAAGGUAUUUGCGGGGUGCUUGACAGAUGGAGGUGCCGCGCAGUUAGAGUCGGAGACGUCCAGUCUUCUUCAAACUCUCGUCGUUGACAUAACACAACGCGAAUCUGUGAAGAAGGCUUUGGAUUUCAUUUCAAGAAGAAUUGGAAGUGAAGGAUUAUGGGGUCUCGUCAACAACGCUGGUGUGAUGUCAACAUUUUCGCCUACGGAAUGUACGUCAUAUGAAGACUUCGAGCGUGUUCUACACGUCAACAUAACGGGGACAUUAUCAGUGACACAUGCGUUUCUGCCAUUACUGAGGAAGUCACGUGGUCGAAUCGUAACAGUUUGUAGUGCGACGUCUACCGUAGCCUAUCCUGGAAUUACAAAUUAUGCAACCUCCAAAGCGGCAUUAAAGAUGUUCUGUUCUUGUCUCAGGCGCGAGUUCUUCAACUCUGGCCUUAAGGUUAUAACCAUUGAGCCAGGUGGAUUUAGGACGAAUCUUACAGAGCAGGAGAGUCUUGCUAAUAUGGUACACAAAGGGUUCAAAACCGCAACAAAGGAACAGCAAGACUUCUAUGGAGGAAAUAUUGCAGAAUACAUUAUGGGCGGUGUACGUUUGGCGUCACAGUAUGUAAACAAUCGACCUCAGAGCGUUGCUGAUGCGAUGGCUCAUGCGCUACUUGCAAAAUAUCCCAAGAUUUGUUACCCAGUUGGAUACGACGCUUAUCUCUUUUUCGGCUUCAUGAGGAUGAUACCGGAAUGGGUCGGCGACUAUAUCCUUGGCUGGCCAGCACCUUACGGUCGACAGUGUGAGGAUUUUAAACAGCACAAUGAUUAGAUAGCAAACGUUUGCGUUAUUUUAUUUCAAUUUAGGUGAAUACAACUUUUUGUGUGCAGUUUUAAUCGGUAUACUCAAUACAAUGCAAUUUUCAAUGCAAUUUUCAAUGCAAUAUUAUUUGUUAUUUUUAUUACAGUUUUAUGAACGUUAUUUAUGUAAUUUAGUUAUUUUGUAUCUACAAUUGUGCCUUAAUUACUUUGUUUCUAAGGUGACCUCUACUUUAAAAAAAUAUGAAGAAAAACAGAUGCCUCAUUGAGUUGGCUUCUGUUAUUCAAAUAGUAAAGCUGUUAACGUCUUACUAUUAAACGUUACUUUGUUAGUGUUGUUCAUGUACUUUUAUUUUGUUAGCAAUGGCACCGUCGAACAACUCACACCAAAGAAGCACAGUGUGAUUUGUAUAAAAGUGCUUGAUUUGUCAUCUUAAAGAUGGUUUUAGAAUUUCCUAAGUAUGUUCUUAUUUUACAACGAUUUAUUGUUUGUGAAUUUUUGACAGGUUUUAUUCAACGUUCCAAAUGCAAUUUUUUUACAAUAUAUUAUUAUGCUCUUUGUACUGUUUAUAUUCAUAU